AUGAUCCAAAAAUGCCUCCCACCAAAACUCAAAGACCCUGCGAGUUGCUUUUUGCCUUGUACCAUUGGUAAUACAAUCAUUGACAAGGCACUGUGUGAUUUAGGAUCCAGUAUCAAGAUGAUGCCUUUAUGUAUGAUGAGAAGGCUAUUUAUAGAAGAAGUGAAGCCUACACAGAUGUCAUUGGAGCUAAUGGAUAGAUCACUGGUAAUUCCCAAGGGUGUGAUUGAAAAUCUCUUGGUUAGAGCAGGAAAGUUUAUAUUUCCAGCAGAUUUUGUAAUACUGGACUUAGGUGAAGAGGAGAGUGAGUCUAUUAUAUUGGAAAGACCUUUCCUGGCCACAGCAAGUGCCAUCAUUGAUGUGGAACAAGGAGAAAUGACUUUGAGGGUACAUGAUGAGAAGAUCACUCUAAAUGUCUUUCAGGAAAUACAGCAUACUGUUGAAGAGAAAAACUGCAUGAGGGUUGAAGAAGAAGACUUGCAUUGGAAAGAAAAACCUAAUGAAGUACUCAUGAGCUCACCUCCGAAGCAAAAGACAAACAAUGGAUAA